GCUUGGGAAUAACGACAGGUAGUGAUGAUGGGGGUCGAAAUACAAGAUUUGGCUCCUCCAUCAAUUCUUUCCAUCAAAUUCAAAAUUUGAGACGCCUGAUUUCUUCCCUCCCAAAUUAUCCCCUUUCAAUCAAAAUUCAAAUUAUCUACACUGCGGGUCGUAUAUAGAAAGAUGACCGCCACUGUAUACGGUUCAAACCCCCGGCCGAUUUCUUGCAUCUGCAUUUUUUGAAGUUAAAGGAUAGGAUUUUGUAAGCUUCAGCGUCAAGCCCUGAAAAGCGAGAUCGAGAGCUGGAGCUUUCGCGAAUUAUACAAGAAAAUGCGAGAUUUUGAUGGACGUUGAAGUACAUCCGAACACUAAUUUCACUGCGGUCGUGAAAUAAUAACGAACCAUGGUGAGAGAAUACAGUGUGGCAAGCUUCUACACUCGCAUGCGGAGUGCUGCAAAUGUAUCAUCCUCUUCACCUGUUUUGAUCUUUCCGUCAGCAACUGAUACUGAUUCUCUCUGCGCUCUAAAGAUCGCAACUCAUGUACUGGCAUCUGAUUCAUUGAGGUAUUCUUGUUAUCCCGUGUCCUGCUUUGGGGACAUUGAUGGAAUUGCAGGCCGGCAACUCAGCUCACAGGACCAGGCACUUACAGUUUUUCUAAUCAAUUGGGGCUGCUCCCAGGACCUGAGACAGUUGUUGAAAUUGGGGCCCAGCGUUCAGGUUUUUGUUGUGGACAGCCAUCGCCCUAUCCAUUUGCACAACCUCAGUGACCAGAAUCAGCAGGUGGUUGUGCUUUAUACUCGGGAAGAUGAGAGCCAGGCUGAUAUAGCUUAUGAUUUUGAUGUCGCAGAACUGGCGAAUAUGAUGGAUCUGGACAAUGAUGAUGAAAUAAUGAUUGAAUCUGAAAGUGAUGACAGUGACAGUGAUGAAGACAACGAUGAUGGUGGAGGCCAGAGAAGAAAACGGAGAAAAUUGGAUGACAGUGAUGACGACAAUGGUUUGGAUGCACUGAAAACAUUGAAGAAGCUGAAGACAGCAUAUUAUGGUCCGGGAACAUACUAUGGCAGGCCUUCUGGAUGCCUAAUGUUUGAUAUGGCCCAUGCUCUACAUAAGAGCACAAAUGAGUUACUUUGGUUAGCAUGUGUCUCAUUGACUGAUCAAUUUGUUCAUGAGAGAGUCACCAAUGAGAGGUACCAGGCUGGUGUCAUGGAGCUUGAGCAGCAUGUGAAUAGUGCAGGGAAUUUGGAAAUGAUUACAUCUGUUACACUUAAGGAUGGCACCAAGGUUAGAGUACCAGAUGUGUCUAGGAUUUCCUAUGAAGAUGAGCCUCGCCUUAUGCUCUUGAGGGAGUGGACCCUUUUUGAUUCGAUGUUAUGCUCCUCUUAUGUUGCCACAAAAUUGAAAACUUGGAGUGAUAAUGGGUUGAAGAAGCUAAAGUUGCUUUUGGCCAAAAUGGGUAUUGCCCUCGUGGACUGCCAACAAAAGUUUCAGUACAUGAGCAAUGCCAUGAAGAAGAGAAUGAAGGACGAGUUUGAGAGGUUUUUGCCAGAAUAUGGUCUUAACGAAUUCUACUACAGAAGCUUCCAGAGGCUUCAUGGAUAUAGCUCAAAGGUUUCGGCUGCUGAUGUUGUGUAUGGAGUCACGGCUCUGCUUGAGUCUUCGACAGAUUCCAAAGACUCUUGGGCAGAGAAAUUCUGGAGUGCUUAUUCAGCACUCUCUUUAAAUCAUUUGGAUGAGUUACAAAAGGGGAUGCAGCUUGCCAUUCGUGUCCAGUGUGCUACUCAGCGGCAGGGUAGUUUGGCAAUAACAAGACAUGGAUUCAUCAAGAGUGCUCGGAGUUUCAGAUGGGUGAAACUUGAGGAUGGAGCAGAUGCUGAACUGUUAGCUUAUCCCCAAGCAAUUGUUAAGUUUUGCUAUUUCCUCAUGGAUGCUUUGAGAGAAAAGGGUGCAAAGACAAAACCCAUGAUAUGUGCAGCUAUUAUUCCUCACUCCAAGAUGGUAUUGGUAGUAGGUGUUGCCAACAGACCCAUACUUGGAGCCCAACAGGGCAAUCGGUUUGGGCUUGCAUUUCGUGCCACAGCCAAGGAACUUGGGGCUGAUUACAGACAUGAUGCAUUUGAGUCAUCCUGGAUUAAGCUAGAUCUGACAGCUGUCAAUUCUUUCAUGUUAAGAAUAUCAGAGAAACUCUAAUUCACAGGUGACUGUAGCUGUAUUAUUUUAGGAACUAAUUGUUUAUGGAAGGCUGAGAGAAGAACAGCCUUCCUGGUUGUAAUGUGUCUCAAUACUCAAAUGCAAUAUGAAAUGGUACUGCCUAACCAGUCACUGUGACAUACAUCAUUUCUUGUAGUUUUAUAAACAUUUUGGUUGUUACCUAGGGCAUUUCCUGUGCCUGAGGCAUACCACUAUAUCAUUUAAUUCUAUCAUCUGGAAUAUUGGAUUGGUUUGA